AUGGUGGUUGAUGGGAGCUUUCUUAAAGCAGCAUACAGGGGGACUAUAUUGACUGCUUGCACAUUAGACGUAGCUAGUGAGUACACUGUAUCAAGAUUCCUUUCUCUUAAUGGUAGUUGCAGGAAUAUCCUACCUCUAGCCUAUGCACUCGUCAACUCAGAAAAUGAUGCAUCUUGGGGAUGGUUCUUCAUGCAACUGAAGAAUACUUUUGCGGUUCGGGAAGGAAUAUGUAUUAUUUCGAAUAGACAUGAUAGCAUCCAAAAUGCAACAUUAAUUAUUUACCCAGAAGUUCCUCAUUGUUUCUGCAUCUACCAUUUGUGGAACAACGUCAAGGAUCUAUUCAGGAAAAAUAAGGAAAAAGCGAGACCGAUCUUUUUUGCUUUGGCUAAGGCUUACACCACUGAAAGGUUUGAACGCUACAUGAACGAAUUGAAUAAAAUUGAUCGGCGAGUGCAACCUUACUUGUUCAAUGUUGGGUAUGAACGGUGGUCUAGAGUAUUUUGUAGAGUGAAAAGGACAAUUUUCAUGACCUCCAAUAUAGCUGAGUCAAUGAAUUCGACAAACAAAUUUGCCAGAGAGCUUCCAGUAAGACACUUGCUAGAGUUUUUGACAAAGUUGAUGACACAAUGGAGCUACAAAAAUAGGAAACCUGCAACGAAGUCUACAGAACUUGGCAAAAUGUACAACAAGAAGUUGAAGAAAAAUAUGAUUGCAUCACAGAACAUGACGGUGUAA